AUCACCGAAGUGUUUUCAAAUGUUUUGUGGUUGCAUAUGGAAUUGUAGUCUUAGUUCCAAACCCAAACCGUUAUGCUCUCAGCUUUCAUUUGUAUAGAGCUGGCCAGCUGAAGACCACAAAAUGGAAACGUGGUUUUGGAUUCUUGGCUGGUCUCUUUCCAUCCUGACCUUGACUGGAAAUGGCUUUAUUAUUUUCCUUAUUUGCAAAACCAAUGCGUUUGUCGUUUUUCUCGCAGUGGCGGACUUCUGUGCCGGCUGGAGUGCUUUUCCGCCGCUUUUCGUCUGCGAGGAGAUAAUUGGAUGCGACCCUACGGCCUUCAUAGCCAACGGGGUGGAUUAUUUCAGGUGGCUGUUUAUGUAUGCGUCUGUGACAAACUUGUACAAUUUAGUCCUGGAUCGCUACAUUGCUAUUGUGAGGCCGUUAAGUUACUUGACUCUUAUGACACGCAGAAGCGUUUUUCAGAUGAUUUUCAUGUCUUGGACCAUUCCAGUUGUCGUUCUCUUGGCGUUUUUACUAAAUUGGCUUGUUUUAGAAGAGAUUGUAUUGUUUAAAGUGCUCAUCUCAAUUUUAAUGGUAUUUUUAGAAAUCUUGCCGUCUUGUGUGUUAAUGUUCUGCUUUGGAUCAAUGUAUUAUAUUGUUUAUAAGCACGAAAGAGCCGCCCGCAUCUUAGCAAACCAACUCCGCUUUAACCAAAGAUUUUUGUUCAGAAUCAAGGAAAAGGCUGCCGUGAAAAUAAUGGCAAUUGUUAUUGGUAUAUUCCUUUUAGCCUUCUCAUUCGCUAUACGAUGUAGCUUCAUACACAUUUUGAAAGACGGAAAACCGUGUGAUGAUAAAGAAUAUAAAAUUCCCCUUCUUGUAUUAAACUCCGUUAUUAACCCCUUCGCUUAUGCCGUCUUCAAGAGAGACAUAAACAUGGAGAUAAAACGGUAUAUUUGCUGCGUCAUUUGUAAAAAGAAACAUCACAGUGAUCCAAUUUAUGAAAACAAUAUUUUUUAUCUUGCGCAACUACAACGCCAGAGCAGUAUAACUUGAAUAAACUCUUACUCAACCAGAAUUUGUCUUGAACUUUUAAUGUUUGUUUCACGAUCGAGUUAACAGCCUAUAACCUAAAUAUGAAAUUAUAAUUAAUAAUUUGCUUAUGGUGUGUGCAUGAUGACAAGAGUAGAUCAUAACAAUAACAAAG